UUCACGUUUAUAAAAGCGAAGCGGACAGUCCCGUUUCCGGGCAGAACGCGCCCCGUUUCCGUCCGGUCGCUAAGCCGACGAUGCCAUUCUUUGGGUGGAUGAGAUGGCCGAGGAACGAGUCCGACAAGGCGGCGCAGGGCUCCGGAUCGGACGCCGUCACCAAGACUCUGCUGGGGGAAUUGCAGUGGCACAUGGGGGAGCGCGAGCGACUGCUGCACGAGAUCGAAAGCGAGCAGAAGGUCCAGAAGACCGGCGCGGACUACAACUGGCUACGGAACGAGCACAGCCUGAAGCCGAGCAUCCCGGUCACCGAACAGCGGCAGCUGGAAGUCCUGUGCGCUCGGAUCCAGCCGGCUCACGCGGGGACCGUGCUCAGCAGAUUUCGGGAGGUUCUGGCAGAAAACGACGUCCUUCCUUGGGAAAUCGUAUACAUAUUCAAGCAGGUUUUAAAGGAUUUCCUGAGCUCCUUGGAGAAAGAGAACCAGCAGGUGAAGCUCAUGGACAUGUGGAACACCAACGACUCGGUGGACUUGGCGCUGCCCGGGGAGAGCCUGGGAUCGCACAGAGAGGAGAUCCCGACCGUCUCCAGCUACGUGGACAGGCAUACCCAAAGCCUAUUCCCAACGUUCUCCAACAGAAUAUGGAACCUUCCGUACUACUAUCCGUCCACAUAGACGAUCAAAGAAAGACGCUGGGGUCGUCCUAAUGCUUCGACGAGACGACACGGGCUUUCUUCAACAAGCAAACGCCGCGAGGAAUAAAAAGAAGGAUUCUAUGCAUUGUCCAUAUGUACAAAAAAAAGAGCAAUAUUCUUUUUAGCCAGCGUAGCUAUUUUUGCAUAAGAAAGUGAAUAACAAUA